AAUUCUAGACAGAGGAGAUUACUGUAGGCGUCGGCUACCGUCCCACUACUGGUCUGUAUAUAAGUACUCUGCAUGUAUCACCAGUAAACAGCUUUAUUCGGGACCAGCCAGUUUACAGAUACUUUCAGAGAGAUGGGACCUGUUGUCAUGGAAAAGAAACUGAUGGAACAUAAGAUUGCCUCUGGGAAUGUGAUAAGUAUGGGCCCGGAUGAGUCUCUGCUCAUCCUCAUCAAACACUGCCAUGACAUGAAGAAACAGGAGACGUGCCUCAGAUUCAUCACUUUGCUCCUGCUGCUCACCUGUGCGGCACUGUUCAUUUAUACCAUGGGUGCUGAUUUAAAAUCUGGAUCCAGUGGACAAGGGAGUGCAGUUGAGCAAAAUCCAACCCACUCCAAGCAAGACAGAAUGUACCCUGCAGGUGAUCCUAAAACAAACUCCACAACACCGCACAUUCGUCUAAGGUUUGUGUCCAAAGACAACGACAAUGAUGGACAACAUAUCAAAUGGGAACGAAUGUUUGGUGACAUACAAUACAAUGCUGAGAAAAAUGCCAUUGUGAUUAAUAAGACAGGCAUAUAUUUUGCCUACGUACGCAUUGCUUUAAGAUGCCAAAAUGAGGAGGGAUAUGAAAAGUUCUUCCUAAAGCUGCAACGCUGGAACGAAGGUUACAACAAGACUGUUAAACGGAUGGAGGUCUUGGAAAGUAUAACAUGCACUCAAGGAGAGUCCAGCACUGUGUUUGUGGGAGAUCUUUUUGACUUGUUGGCAGGAGAUCAUAUGAGUGUGUUGAUUGUAGAGGGUUACAAACUGGUCACGGAAUUAGCAUUUGGUGCUUAUCUCACAUAGAGAAUAUGCCUCUUGUGUGUGUGUGUGCUCACUGUCUCAUUCUUUAUAAUGUAUUUUUAAAAAUUUUUGAAACAAAAAAAAAAAUCCAUUUCAGGUUAUUUAUCAUCACUAAUUUAUAAGCUUUGUACUGUAUGUGUUAAAGUAUUUCCUGUUAAGGCUUUAAAUAAGUAUUCAGGUUAGGAGGAUACAGGAUGCAGACAGGUGACAAGUUCACCGAAGUGGGGGAGACUAAGGUAUUGUUCCACUAUGAACGGCUUCAGUGCUCCCUGACAUGGAUCAUCCAACGCUCCGAACUCCACUGGAGGGAUGAACAGUAUUCUUCUAAAAUAUACUCCCUCAUUUUGUGUUUUGAUGAUUCAUUUAUUCCGGUUUCUGCUUUAAUUUGUCACCAGUCUCAUUAUAUGCUGGAUACUAUAUAAGCACUCGAGUAUUGUUUUCAUGAGUAAUAUUUUAAUGAGAUAAUAUUGACGCUACUGUAUUAAAGUAAAGCAUUUCCAUUGCCUUUGAAGCUUGUUAUCUUGGUGUUAGGAUGUUUGAGUCAUGGGUAUGCUUGACUGAAAAUUGUCAUCAGUUUUGAUGGGGUUUUGGAUGAAAUGCCUGAAAUGUGCUCUUUGGUUAAAACAAGAUGAAGGCUGUUAUUUGUUUUUUGAGAUGAGCCACACAUUUGUUAAUCUCAGAGUUUGCUGUUGGCUAUUUAUAAUAAACUAACAAUUGUCUCUAACAGUGAUCUGUCAGUUCACCCAAAUUACAAACACAUAUUUACCCACUUACACCUAGUGGUAUCUCACUAGAGUUUUAGACAGUUUUUUUUAUUGCUGAUGUUGUUUAAUAUCCUCUGCUGAGAGUUUUAUUGCCACCUCGGUACAAUGAAAGCAAAUGAAACUGUAUUUGUUGUGUUGAAAGCAUGGAAAAUUGACAUUCUAAAACUGACAAUUAAAACUAUA